AUUUAAUGUUCUAAGAUGUUUAUUGCUGUUACCUUGAUCUUUUCAACCACUCAGCAACCUACGUACUCAUUUUUUUAACUCAACACCUCGUAAAUGGAAGUAAGAAACAGCUCAGUUUAAGAUGGAGCAUCCAAUUGUGAAGAUCCAAGAAGGAUUAAUUCGAGGAGUUGAAAAAAUCAGCUGUGAUGGUGUUAAGUUCCUUGCUUUUAAGGGAAUUCCCUAUGCAGAGCCGCCUGUUGGACCAAGAAGGUUCCGAGACUCUGAACCAGUCAAACCUUGGUCUGGAAUCUUGGAUGCAAGUCGUCAUUCCAAGACAUGUGGACAGAUAAACUGGUUCAACAAGACAGUCAGUGGUGAUGAUGACUGCUUGUAUUUGAACGUCUAUACCAGGGAUUUGACCGGCAGAAAGCCUGUUAUUUUCACAAUCCACGGCGGUAACUUCUCCUUCGGUUCCGGAAACGACAACAUCCUCGGUCCUGAUUUUCUGGUUGAAGAACUGAUUGUGGUAACCAUAAACUACCGCGUUGGAAUACUGGGAUUUCUUAAUUUGGAAGACGAAUCAGCACCCGGGAAUCAAGGACUCAAGGACCUGGUGCUAGCUCUUAACUGGGUAGCCAGAAACAUCUCCAAUUUCGGUGGUGAUUCUGGCAAUGUUACUAUUUAUGGAUACAGCGCAGGUAGCGCGGCAGUUCAUUACCUGGCGAUAUCACCCCUAGCUGAGGGGCUGUUUCACAAAGCGAUACUUCAAAGUGGAGUGUCUAGCAACCCCUGGGCCAGUGUUUCUAUAGAUUCUAUGAAAGAAUCAGCGGUUAAAAUUGCUGGAGCUUUGGGAUUCGAGUCCAAAGACCUGGUCCAGGUGCUUCAGUUCCUGAAGACAGUCAAGAUAAGAGAUCUUUUAGAAGCAACGGCUUGUUUCUCCACCUGGAAGAUCAGCGUCAACACUUUUGGCCCUUCGGUGGAUUCUUGUGCCAAAAAUUCCUUUCUAGAGAUCCCUGUUGAAGAAGCUAUCAAAAAGGGGAUCAGGGUUCCUUGCAUCCUAGGCUCGACUACCCAUGAAGCUGUCAUGCAGCUAGCUGGUUUAAAUGACGAGCACUUGGCGUUGAUGAAUCAAAACCAGAACCUGGUGUUCCAUCCAUCAACUGCCAGGUUCUUAAAGCAGCAGAAUAUCCCUCUGGAUGUCGUUAGGAGGUUCUUUAUGGAUGACAAGGAGAUUUCAAGGAAGAACAUUGAAAAUGUUAUCCAGCUGAUGAGCUUCAUUCAUUUUUUGGCUGAUGUUCAACAUAUUCUGAAGAUUCAGCAGGUUAAUAAUGUUCCUUGUUACUAUUUCAAGUUUGGAUACUUCUCAGAGAACACGGCGAUGAUCCAGAAGAUUAUGAAAACCAAUUUGAAAGGAGCAGCCCACUGCGAAGAUGUCGGCUACCUUUUCAACAUGAAGGCCUACAACAAAAUAGGAAUCGAACCACCGAAGAAGGGAACAGUAGAGUGGACUAUUCAACGGAGAUUCAUUGAAUUUUGGACUAAUUUUGCUAAAACAGGAAACCCUAACCCCGGAACUUCAAAAGUGGUUUCUGAAGUCUGGUCAACUCUAGGAUCAGACCAAAACGGGUUUACUUGCCUCCAGAUGUCUUCCUCCCUCAGCACGAUCUUGGAACCAAACCUGCUGGUCAGGUUCCGAACCACGCCUUCUUUAGACUAUCCAUAAGUCUGAAUUUACCUUUUUUUGUUGAAAAUUCGUAGUGAGUCGACGGGUAUAGAGAAUUUAUCUUAUUAGAUGAUUUUAUAAGUAUAUAAAUUAAUAGGAAAUUUAA